AUGCCGGUCGUUAAGGUUCGUGCACUGACCGGGUGUGAUACAGCACUGCUCUUAAUCAGUAUUUUAGUGGCUUCUUUGGCUUAUUUACUGUACCACUUAGAGAAUUCCGAUCCAGGAGCCUCGCUGAAUGAAAGGGCUGUUGGUUCGAAGGCACAAGUCUCCAGGUUGAUUUUCCAGUACAUCGUUGCUCUGCACUACUAGACUUGAUGUCUUUCAAAUGAGACACUAAAGACUUGACAAAGACAAAUCAACAAUUAUGUGGUACUUGAUGAAGAAAAGCAGUGAAACUGCAGAAUGUCUCAGGAUAUUAACAAGCUCCAAGAAACCUAUAAAAUGUUAAAUAAAUCUUGCUUCAUUCUCGGAGCUUCAGGGGAGACGGGAAAAGUGCUGCUGAAGGAGAUUUUGAAAAGUCAGCUCUUCUCCAAGGUCACACUGAUCGGACGUAGGAAGCUAACUUUUGAGGAUGCAAUGUAUGAAAAUGUGACUCAAGAAAUUGUAGAUUUUGACAAACUGGAGGAUUAUGCAUCAGCUUUCCAAGGUCACGAUGUUGGAUUCUGCUGCUUGGGUACAACCAGGGGCAAGGCUGGUGUGGAUGGUUUCAUUCGUGUGGAUUAUGAUUAUGUAUUAAAGUCAGCCCAACUUGCCAAAGCUGGAGGAUGCACUCAUUUUAACCUGCAAUCUUCAAAAGGAGCAGAUAAGGACAGUACAAUGCUGUAUCCAAAAAUAAAGGGUCAAGUAGAAGCUGCUGUUGAAGAACUGGAUUUUGACAGAUACAGCAUCUUUCGACCAGCAGUUUUGAUGUGUGACAGACAAGAAUCACGACCAAUGGAAUGGAUAGCAAGAAAAGUACUCGUGCCUGUGGCAUACAUGUUUCCAACUGCAAUAACCAUCCCCGUUUCGGUGGUUGCAAAAGCCAUGCUUAACAAUGUUGUGCUCCCAUCUGAGAAGAAAGUGGAACUCUUUUCUAACAAGGGUGUUCAUGAGCUGGGUCAACUUGGAGAAACUAAAGAGAAGUAGCAAUUUUUGGGUUUCAUUUUGGAAGAUGUGUUCUGUUUUCAUAUGAUUAAUCCCUCUGACUUUCUGAAUUAUUUGUGUCCUCACUUGAAUGUCCUCAGGGUUCUAUAGCAGUUGAUGGAGAGGAUGCAUAGCAAAGUUCCUUGCAACUUUCUUUUAACACUGCUGUGGAAGAACUGCUAAAGAGGUGUCAGGUAUGGGAAAAGUAUACCUUUCAGAAGGUAUUUCAGUUGUACAUUCAAUUUCCCCACGCUGCCAAAACCUGAGAUUUUAUAAUCAGUCAUGCAACACAAUAUCAAACCCCUGAGCCCACUGAGUCUGUAUUAGUCAUCAAUCACCCAUUUAAGCUGUCAAUUCUCCCCACAUUGCUGUCAAUUCUCCUCACAUUGCUGUCAACUUCCCCCCAGAUUGUACCACUUACCCACAAACUAAGGCCAAUUUACAGUGGCCAAUUCACCUGCCAACACAAUGUCUUUAUAAUGUCAGAGGCAUCCAAGAGGGAAAAUAGGAGGGAAAGACCACAGAAGAAGAGGUCAAGAUUGGGUCUCUAGAACCGUGACAGCUACACCACGAUACUCUCUGGUGGAAUAAGAUGCAAGAUACUAGUUCUUGAAUGUGUUGGCCCAACACUUUAUGAUGGUUGUGAACAAUGUGUCACCGGAAAUACUUCUGUCUGAAGCAGGGGUUCACAGCCAAUGGCGGGGAGGGGUCUGUGGACUCCAGGUUAGGAACCCCUGAUCUUAAACAUAUGAGGGGAUUUAUUCCAUCAGGUUUAUUAUUACCUAAUCAGAAACUGAGCAAAAUAUUACAGCUAGACGUUCUUUGUGUUUGUAUGUUUAUCCUCUUGCACAUUUUUACUUGGUCUUUACUUAAAUACAUCAAAUCUCUGGAAACGCUAUUCAGAAUGUUUGUUUUUAGUAGUUUCCCCCAUCCCCCUUUUUUGCAUCACAAUUGGAAUGAUUUUAACAUAAAAGGAGAAAACGCACAAGGCAUAAAUCUUAAAACUAAAUACUUUAUUAUCAAAAAUGUGUAUUUAUGUAUUGUACUUUAAUACAUGUUGCCUAAUGUGACUUCUCAGGACUGUCACAUUUCUGGAUGCCUCUGAAUUUUAGAAAUACUUAAUAAUUAUUAAAUAAACUCAUUGCUUGAUCAUAAUGAACUGAAAAAAUAAUUUUUUUUGUAAAAGAAGAUGCUUGUUCAUUUAUUUCUUGUUAUUGGUGAUUUUGCAGGUAGGGAAACCUGAUUUAUUGCUGAGAUGGCACAACUGGCAUCACUGUACUUUGCAGCUCUUUGAAAGUUACACUCCACUUUAGACAAUAUGGUAUCAAAUGAAAUACUAUAUCAGCAGAGAUGGUUUUGUUUCACUUGUGGUAGAUCUAGGAGGGGUGACAGCCACUUUAGCAGACCAUUUGGUCUAAAUGGAAGCAUUUAGUAACAAGGGCUGCUAUUAUAAUGUAGAAUUCAUUAAAAGUGUCCUCCCCAGCAUGUAAAAGCACACAAGACAUUUGUAUUUAAGGAACAGUUUUGAGCAGCCAUUAUCUUUAAAAAUGCAAACACGAGGAAAUCUGCAGAUGCUGGAAUUUCAAGCAACAGACAUAGAAGUUGCUGCUGAACGCAGCAUCUCUAGGAAGAGGUACAGUCAAUGUUUCGGGCCGAGACCCUUCGUUUUUCCUGAAAAUAUGGACAUAGGAUGGGACCCAAUGUUAGAUGUUGAGAAAGAAGCUGCCUUUGUCAGCGCAUGCAAAAGCCAGUUCCGUGGUCUUUCCCCAUCUGCUAAUGAUGGUUGAGUGUUGUGGACUCCUCAAUGUUGCACAUCUCUGGAUGUUGCAUUUAUUUCUGCAUUUGGAAGGUAUGUGGCAAGCAGAUGUGAGGUUGCAUUGACUGUCCCCUUGUGUAUCUCUCAGUAAAUUGCAGUAAGUAUUGGGCAAUUAUCCUCUCUUCAUUGUGUAAUGUUUUCAUCCCAAGAACUAAUCAAGGGGAACCAGAUUCCUGAAUGGACAUUGAACCCAUGAACACUCACUACUUUCCUUUUGUACAACUUAUUUCAUUUAACUUUUUAAUGUUUUUAUAUAUUAAUACAGGCUUUGAUUCAGUUUUUAUUACACGCUGCAAUAUACUGCUGCUGCAUAACAACAAAUUUCAUAUCGUAUGUCAGUGAUAGUAAACCUGAUUCUAAUUCUGAUUGAUUCAUAUACUUUAAGGCAUUAUUCCUUUAGGUAGGGAAACUAAAAUGACUGUUUCUGAAUGGGGUCUUGCCAGAUCCCUGUGUAAUCUCAGCAAGGCACAAGAC